CCCCGCGCCGCCGCCACCGGCCCCGCCGCCACGCCCCGUCACCACGCCGCGCCGGGGGGUCCAACUGGUUGCAACGCCUGACGGCCCUCACCCACUGGAAUCCCCUGACACCCAACGCCCCGAAUGGUUGGAUGUGAAUCCGAUUGCUCCUGUUCGCUCCCUCCGAAACCCAAAGGUCCCCCCAACAGAGAAGGAAGCUGGCGUGUUUAAAAACGUUGUUCCUUCGAUGCGGCUGACGACUCCAAAAUCUUCCGACAUCUUUGAAAUGCUCAAAACUCCUUAUCUUCCAAAAACUCCAUCCUCUAAGACUACGAAUCCUUCAAAUCUGUUGAUCUUCAAUCCCGUCAAUCUCCGAAACAACGCGACGUGUUCGACGAUCUGAACGACCUUGCAUGAAAGAUGGUCAUAAAACUUAAGCUCACCAUUGCUCCGACAUCUCCAAGCUUUCUUACCGGACUCACGAUUUCACAUUCCUCCAAAGUGUCCGUACGCUUCUAGACAAACUUCCACGCUUCCAAGACUACGAAGGCACUCCAGAGCCUGGACUUCUCCUGACGUCUCGAUGCUUCUGACAGCUUCGAACCAACUCCAGCCACCCACGCACCCUGGAUCCCGUCUCUUCCGUCACCCCUCACCGCCGAAACACUCGCUCACCUGUCCAAGACAGCCUUGCUGCCUGACGCUCAACAUUGUGGACGUAAAGGAUAGUCGCGAGAUCACUGAUUCGUCCUAACGACCUUCCUCUGACAAACACCAUCAAUUUCCUCUGACAUCUGGACUCCCAGUUACCUAUGACGCGCACCUCGUCUUUACACCAAAAACCGUCAACAUUUUCCAACAUUUAAAAUGUGCAAUCCAACUGAUGUCUCCGGCGCGAUCGUCCACCCUCAACGCUUCCGAGGCCUUUUUCUCCCGAGUCAGCACACCGGGUCGUCAACCUCACCAAGUAAGGUUCUCCGCCCUUGAAACGCAGCGAUGUCGUAAACGCCAGCCUUUCUCAACGAAACCGAUUUCACUUCACCAGACAAGAAGCUCUUCUUCGCUCGUAAAGUGUCGUCUGAAUGUGUUAACGUAGCUGAAAACCAGAAGGCGACGCUUUCCGCGCGUAACACGUCACCUCACUACACUUCUGCGUGAAAUUCCCCUCACCCUGGUCCCCGGCCCGUCCCGCCUGACGUCCCCACGCCUCCUGCCCGCGCGCCUGACGUGCCGACUGAUUCGGCCUGCCCCCUGGCAAAGCAGAGAAACUCUCAACGCGGGGCGCUGUGCGGCGAGCCGCGCCACGCGGCCCGGCUCGUGGGGCGUUCGUGCUGCAGGCGACUACUCCUCACACGGCAUUCCACGCGUUGUGGCCCGACGCCUUCCUCGGCUUCUGCGCUGCAGCGCCUCAGCCUGCCACAAAACUGCUGCGCCGCCUGCUGCGACAUCUCCGACAGAUGCCGCGCCUACAAGACCUGGACGUGAGCGGCAACAACGUGACCCGGCUGGACUUCCUGCAGACGGGCGACGACGGGCCGCCGCCAGUGCUGACGGUGCUCGACGUGUCCCGCAACGCCCUGCGCGCGCUGCCCCGCAACACCUUCGCCCGGACGCCCGCGCUCCAGAUCCUCGACCUGUCCGCCAACCGCCUGUCCGCCCUGCGCGCGCCCGUGCUCGCGCCUCUGCGCCACCUCGAGCGCCUCUCCCUCGCGCACAACCAGCUGCGCGAUCUGCCGCCCGACGCCCUCAACCACUCCGCCGUGCUCGAGACGGCCGACCUGUCCCAUAACCUCUUGGCCAACCUGAGCUUCCUGCGCUCGCCGUCCCUCCAGCUCCUCGAUUUGUCCUUCAACCGCGUUCACACGCUCGACGGCGGGGUUUUCGUGCGCGUCCCGGCCCUCAAACAUCUCGAUCUGGGCGACAACGAGAUCUCUUUCAUCGAUCCGAUGGCGUUUGCUGGGCUUCGCGGACUCCAGUAUCUUAACCUUGCUAUGAAUUCGAUUAGUCAGCUGCCAGACCUGUUCAUAAAGCCGAUGAAAUCUCUCAAAGUUUUGAGCAUUGCGAGAAAUAAGCUUUCCACCUUGACUGAUUUUACCUUCGCCGUGACCUCAGUCAGUGAACUUAUGGAGCUCGAUAUGUCAGGAAAUCGAUUAUCUGCCAUCCAUCCCCAUGCUUUCCAGUAUCUUUCCGAACUCAGAAUGCUCAAUCUUUCCUUUAAUCAGAUUAAACAGCUCGAUAAAAAUACCUUUUGCGGCAAUAUCGAGCUGACCGAAUUCGAUUUGAGUGAAAAUAUCCCAGAGACAUCCUUCCGCCUGGAAUUUGCUACCCCUAUGUUAGCUCGUACAGCCCUAAUAAAAAUUUUAAAUUCAUACUUUGGUGGCAGUCACGUCGCUACUAAAGAAUGAAUUGCACCAUUCAUAGCUCUAUGUAUGUUGGUCUUCCAAAACCGGCCAAAUUUGCAUACGAUGUGCAUCUUUAAUGGAUUUGUUAGUACUUGGAAUACUAUAUUCGAAUCCAGAAACCGGUUAGAAGAAGAUAUUCGAUGUGAUGUACCUAUCUGUUUGUGAAAUGUCAAGGUAUUCUUGAAAGCUUUGUUUGCAGGUGUACUAAGUGUCCAAUUUGUGUAAGCUUAUAUCAUGUACAUGUUUUCCUUUAUGUAUUGAUUCAUAUUAACACAUAAUUUAUCAAUGUGAAAAUUUUGAAACUGGUCAGAGAAUGCUGAUGGAUUAAGUAUUUCAUAAGACAUGCCAAUCAUGAAAAAGCUACAAUACAUUCAAGUAGUAAGGAGCUGAUUGCAUGAAGAAUUUUCUGCCACAGUGGUAGAGUUGAUAUGGUACGGAAUGAUAAUUGUGAUUGGACUGACAGUAUUGAAAGGUUGCUAAUGAAAGACUAAAGGAGGGCUGUGUGAUAUAUUUGACCAUUAUUUGGGCAUCUGGAGGGAGCCUAAUUGUGUGUUAGUUGUAUAUAUUUUAUAAAAAAUAAGAAUCUUUAUAAUUAUAAAAUCAUCUUGUGAAUUUGACUAUUUAAUUAAUUCACCUCAAUUAGUGGUGUCUACAGAAAUAUUUCCAGUAUUGUUUUUUGUGUUAAUGAAGAUAAGUUGACAUUCAAGUUUUCAAGAUGUUGCAUUUGACUUUUCAUUACUAAGAUAAACAUUAUGAAAAUUACAUACUAAUUCCAAAAUGAAAUCAUGAAAUUGGCCAUCUUGUUUAAUUACUACAAUCUUUCAUACAGUAGAUUUGUUAUUGAUAUAGUAUUAGUAACAGUAGAUAUGUUAUAAAUUAUCAAAAUUUAUUCUUCCUGAAAUCUAUUGAAAAUGAAAUGUCUUCCUACUUUUCUGUAAGGAAGAAAACCUUCUUUCAAAAGUGUUUGCAAUGAAACUUGUGUAUUAAAAACAGGGUUCACUAAUUUUACUAUGCCUACUUCAAUGUAGGUUAUUGAUCCAUUAAUUCCAGAUGUUUCGGGCUAUCCUGAUACAUCAUCUAGUCACUUCAUGGCCUUGUGUAUACUUAGGAUGGGUAACUAUCCUGACUUGACUGACAAUUGGAGGAAUUGGGGUAAUGAAUAAGGAAUUGACAUUGUAAAGAACCUGAAUAACAUGUUAAAUUAAAUAUAGUGAGAGAAUCUCAAUUGAAAUUUCCCUCCUGUCUAGUUAACUUGCACAUUUAUUCCAGCAUCUAUUGCAAAUUACGGGGUCCCUUGAAUCCUUAUUGAAACAAGUUAUUAACUACUGACUCAGAUAUUAAUUAUUUCAUAUUUUAGAUAUUAAAUGAUAUUUCUGAUGAGAUUUUUAAAAGUGAACAAAGUAUAAAAUUAAAUCAAGAUAGUUCAAAAAUCAUUUUUAAAAACUCACUUAAAAAGUCUGUAGGAUGUCUUUUGUUAAAUAAAAGGUUAUUAAAUUUUAGGAAUUUAUAAGCAUAUUCUGAGGCCUUCAAAAUAUAUGCUACAGUAAUUGUUUUUGAAAAAUAUUUUUGUUUUGCAUAUCAUGAUCCCCUGACUGGGGCCCCUAGACUGGCUAUUUCAGUGCAUUUUACUGCACAAUUCAUUUGCUCAGACUUGAACUCAAUAAUAAAAUUUGAGAUGUCUUCUGAAUUCAAGUUCUGAGAAUGAACUACUCCCUCAAUUUGUGAAGUCAAUUUUUUUAAAGCAUAUUUUGAAUCAAUGUCUCACCCCAAAGGUCUUCCCAUAUUAUUAUAUUUAUUGAGACUAUGUUUAUUACAAGUACUUUUCAAUACAUAUUCAUCGACUGCUAUUUUUUAAUACAAUUAAGCAAACAUUUGUCAAUUGGAAAAUAAAUUUUUUGAGCAACAACAAUAAAUACAUAUAUUAGCCAGCAGAUAUAAUAUUAAGAUUUCUAUAAUCCUUUUAUGUAAUGAUGCCUAGAUAAUGGUUGAAUGUAGACUUUUCUCUGUCGAAAAAUGUAUGAGAAAUGUAUUUUUGGAUUGGAAUGUUUCAAUAAAUUUAUUGAAAGACACAAUAAUAUUUUAGUAAUUACCUCAUCAACUAUAUUAAGGAAUGGUUUGGAAAGUGUCACU